CGCACGCCGACUGCAUCACACAUUUUCAGCAUGAGCGCGAACCGUUGCACGUGAUUAUUGUUUUUAUUGAAAGGAGCAUUGACCAUGUCAGUAGCUGGACUAAAGAAGCAAUUUCAUAAAGCAAGUCAGCUGCUUAAUGAAAAGAUUAAUGGGGCAGAAGGCACAAAACUGGAUGAGGAGUUCCUCAAAAUGGAAAAGAAAAUUGAUGUAACUCAUAAACUGGUUCUUGAACUUGUGCCCAAAACCACAGAAUACCUCCAGCCAAACCCAGCGUGUCGAGCCAAGCUGGGUGUGCUCAAUACCGUCUCACGAAUCCGUGGGCAGGUGAAGACCGUAGGCUACCCCCAAACCGAGGGGGUGCUGGGAGAUUGCAUGCUGCGCUAUGGCAAAGAGCUCGGGCCUGACUCUUCGUUUGGCUGUGCGUUGGCAGACAUCGGCGAGGCGUUGAGACAGAUGGCUGAGGCCCGGAACGUGCUUGAUGUCCAGGUGAAGCAUCGCUUCAUAGACCCCCUACAGGCACUACAGGAGAAAGACCUCAAGGAAAUCAUGUACCACUUGAAGAAGAUGGAGGGUCGACGGUUAGACUUCGACUACAAGAAGAGACGCAAGGGGAGAGUAAACAGCCAGGAGCUCAGAUUAGCCUUGGAGAAGUUUGAGGAGUCCAGAGACCUGGCGGAGAGAAGCAUGUUCAAUGUCCUCGAGAAUGAUGUAGAGCAAGUGAAUCAUCUAUCUGCUUUAGUGGAAGCUGCACUGGACUAUCACAGGCAGUCACGACUGAUCUUAGAAAAUCUGAAUGGUGUUCUCCAAAAUCGAAUAAUCACUGCAUCCAAUCAGCCUAGGAAAGAGUACACCCCAAAAACGGUCUUGCGUGGAGGACGCCAUGCUGAAUGCAACGGAUUUGCCAGCACUCCUACUCUGCGCGUAUCUGACAGACCUCCGCUACAGCCCUCAGAUGUUGUAAUGAAUGGCGGUGUGAAUAAUAAAACACACCCUACUGUUAAUCCUCUCACUACGCAACCCAGCAGACCAGAAAGUCCUCUCAACACAAUUUAUUCUACAGUGGACCAGUUCACAUCCUCACCUCAGAGACCAGACAGCCCUCCCAAUCGCAUUUACUCUACAGUUGACCAGUUCACAUUCAUAUCCAGUCCUGCGAGUCCUCCAAGCAUUACCGAAUCGGAAUCUAUUUUGGACCAGCCUUGCUGCCGCGCCCUCUACAACUUCCAGCCGGAGAACGAGGGUGAGCUGGGCUUCAAGGAGGGCGACCUCAUCAUCCUCACCAACCAGAUCGACGAGAACUGGUACGAGGGCAUGAUCAGCGGAGACUCCGGCUUCUUUCCCAUAAAUUACGUCAAUGUGCUGGUGCCGCUGCCCCCAGUGACAUAGGAGUGAAGGCCAGGCCAGGCCAGGCCAGGCCAGGCCAGGCCAGGCCAGGCCAGGCCAGGCAACAGACUAGCACCACCAACCACAACCACCACCACUGCAGCUGCAGCUGCUGGACAUACAGAUCCUAUGGGCCUAGCCACUCCCUCACAUCACUGCUCACCGUGGUCCGAGAGUGUCACUUUUAGACAUGGCAUACACCAAUGUGUGUGUAUGUGUGUGUCUACAUAGACAUAAAGACACACAGUACACGUACUGUACAUGUGCUACAAGUGUGUCUCUGUGUGUUCAAAGCUGCUGUAUUACACACACAGGUUAUGACUUUACCCACAUCUUUUCAGCCUCAAGACACAGACAGAGGAGUCUCUCUAAUCGUGUGUAGAUGUCCACUCAUGUAAAAUCUGCUUUUGUGCUCAGAUUGUUGGGUUUGUUUACUUUAGGACGAAACACAAUGUUUUUCUUCUCUACUCAGCUUUGUAUUGUUCACAUUAAUGAAACAUGAUUGUAAUGUAGACUGAUUGAAAUGUUAUUUUAAGAUGUGACUUGAUGUUAGCACUUUGAGCACUCGACGGAUCUUUUGAGCCGAGUUUUAUUAUGCAAUGUGAAUUAAAGUGAGCCAUUGUAUGUACAA